GCGAGAGAGGUUCGCCUCGAGCGCGAGACUUCCUGCCGCUUCAGUGUCGUGCGCGAUUCCGUACGCGGCGCUUGGCGGGGCGACGACUGUGCCGGAGCUCGCGGCCACGCUCUUGCCGAUCGUACUUGCAGAUCGUUUGGACGCCCUCGAUCGGCCAUGGUCGACCGCUUCGGUUGGUGUCGCGACGCGAGACCGCGGCUCGACGAUCGACCGGAGAAUCGAGUCGUCGGGGAUCACGAGGAUCGCCUAAGCGUCUGAUCAUGGAAAGCUGGACGCGCGAUCGGCAUACAGUUAGGAGGUACACGUUGUAGCGGUGCCGGACACCACUCGGUAGUAGUUCGCGCGCGCGCGCGCGCGGAUAAUCGGCGAUAUUAAAAUGGCGCGGGUGUAAUUGAAACCGUUUGGUAGUCGGGAGAGGAUCGGUCUUCCGACAGGUCGAGAAACGGUAGCCGUGUAGUAGGCACACGGGGGAGGCUUGUCAGUCAUCCCGCCGCGAAAUUGGAGCUCGCCGCGAUCGAGCCACGCGAUAGUAAAUCACCAGGUGGCGGGAUUUCGCGCGGCUGUCAGGUGAGAACGCCGUUCCGCUCACUGACAACGCUCUCUUCAACGCGUCACGCUAGCGGACAGCUUUUAACGCGUGGGUUUUAAGAAUCGUCGCGAAUCCGACGGAUCUCGAGCUCUUCUUGCCACUCGAGUUGUCUUUCCCCCUCGUCCUCGCCGUCGUUGUCACCUCGUCAUUGUUAUCCCGUAAGAUUUAGAGCUUCGACCGGCUGUCCAACUCGCCCCCUCUCGAUCGACCGUAAAUAACGCCACGCACUUUGGCGUGUAGCACCUGGCGAAGCCGCUGGUGUGUACGAGCCGGCGGUGCGCGUGUGUGUUCGCCACGGUGGAAUCCCGUUCGUAAUGACUCGUAAUUGCGCGGAGGAGGAGCCGACGUCGUGCUGGAACGAUUUAAGGGACACCUAGCGCCACCCGCACCCGCCGCUAUAAUGAUUAGGUGCACGCGACUACGGGGAUUACCUGGUUGAGGUGGAGGACCCCGCGCGAGACGAGGGUGGACGACCACCGGCUGAAAUCUGAAUACGAGAGUGGUCGAUCGCGACGCGAGCGACUCUGGUCCCUUUCGGCGAUCUAACGGCCGGCCGUUAGCACGUCCCGGCGCAGAUCGUUCACGGCGUACUCGAUCGUGGGAAGAUUCAAUUGGAAGGCGUAAUGGACACGUCACCAACGUUAAGCAUCGGCGGAUCGAGGGCCAGGGCGGCCCUUUUGACCACGAGCGGCACCGGAACCGGAAGCACCGACAGACGGGUCGUCUUUUUAGCAAGUCAACCGUCAGUCGGCGGCAGUCACGAGACGAAGACCUGGCCUCACCAUUGGUCGCCUCAUACGACCGGAAACAGUUACAAAUCGCCGGAGGAAUCGCCGCAUACGGAGCACAGCAGACUGAGGAUGUCCCGGGGCCAAGGGGGAUGGUCGGACGAGCCCUGCACGUCGGGUAGCGCGAGUCGUCGCGGCGGAGCUCGCCAAACGGCGGGACCGUCUUCGCGGGCGCCGACGUCGUCCGGGUUGGAGGAGCGCGCUUCGGGCAGCACGCCGUGUAAAGGCGGCUUCAGGUUAGGAGUCUACGGUUGGAGGAAAAGAUGCCUCUACUCUCUCGUGUUGACCCUCAUGAUCAUCGUAAUCCUCAAUCUCGCCCUCACCGUCUGGCUACUCAAGGUCAUGGGAUUCAGUUCCGAAGGUAUCGGUUCGCUAAAAGUGGUGCCUGGGGGAAUCGAGCUAAGAGGUCAAGCUGCCGUGUUAGACGCCCUCGUGGCUUCCAGCCUGAGAUCUCGGAGGGGCAAAAACUUGGUGCUGGAAUCAUGGAGUAAUUUUACGGCCUCGGCGAGAUCCCACGAUGGACGACUUCUCGCGCGAUUAACAGUCGGGGAGGACCGCGUAGACUGUGUGUCCAGAGGUUUUCGAGUGACCGAUCCUCGUGGAGGAGUUCUGUUCUCCGCGGACAGGGAACAAGUCAUCGUGGGAGCCGAAAUGUUGAGGGUAACUGGUGACGGUGGUGCCGUUUUUCAGGGUAGCGUGCAGACUCCACUGGUCAGAGGAGAAUCGGGUCGCGGUCUUAGGCUCGAAUCAGCGACGAGGUCCUUGAAGAUCAGCGCCCCUCAGCAAGUGGUAAUCGAGUCCUGGGCAAGCGAAAUCUCGGCCUCCUGCCUGACUGAUCUGAAGCUACAGAGCGUUCACGGAGCCAUCCGACUUGACGCAAAGUCCGUCUAUAUGAAGGGUCUCAAGGCAGCCAUCCCGUUGCAAGGACACUCGUCCAGGGAGCAACAGCAACAGCACUCUGGCAGAUCCUCAUCCGUUCAUCAGAACCAGAGGGAGACCACCAUCUAUCAACUGUGUGCGUGCGCGAGUGGCAAGCUGUUCCUCGCCAGGCCGGACGGUAGUUGUCAGGCCGACAAGUCGAUUUGCUAAUACGACGCGGCUCGACGGCGGUGUAUCGCGACAACACAGGACGAUUCGUUAGAACUAAUCGCGGCGAACUACUGUGUGAUUCGGUGAUCUUAAUGAAAGAGAAAGAGAGAAAGAGAGAGGGAGAGGGCAAGCGUAGAGUAGAGAAAAGAAAAGGAGAGAAAGAGAAGAAGGGAGCACUGAGAUCGGCCAUUGGCGCGAUCGGGGACGAGGCCUUCAUUGGAACACUGCAAACGAUAUCAAACGAAUCUACCGCGCCAAACGGGCGAGAAUCUCGACGUAUCGCUUGUGAGAGGACACGGUAAAUCAAUACGAAUAAUCGAAAGCUAAUCAAUUACUUUCAGUACGCGCUAUUUUUCGAUGAACGCGGCGUAUGUCCGAUACGCUUCCAAGUGCCGGGCACCACCCUUGCGAGGACUUCUCUAGUUUACUCAGAGUCCGACCUAGAUGUCGACGAGCGCGGCGUCGUGCCCCCGACGUGCACGCGUAUCAAUUAACUGGUAUUGGAUUGCUUUCCGCGAUAUUUUCCGUCCUUUUGUUCUAUUUUUUUCGUUGUUUGCUUUCUUUCAGUUUAACAUCAAUCACGUUUAAUUGAGUUGCCGUGCGAAUCGGCCGUUGUUACAGUUUCAAUCCCACGCAUAAGCACACGUCAAUUCUCACUAUUCACGGUGUUUCGCGCGCAAACCAAUCUUGAUACGCGAGAUAUUUACGCGAACCGGAAACGCGAAACGCGCGCGCGUGUCAGACCGCUCUCUCCCAGCGACGUAAAGCGCGCCAUCGUAGAUAUAAAGAGAAUUCUCGCGAGAUCUUGACCGGAAAUAUUCUCUCGAAAAAUCGCGGGUAUUCGGAAAAUUCUCUCUGAAGAAUAUUCUCGAGCGCCAUUCACCGGGUCUUUCCUUUAACUUUUUCUCGCGCCAGCGCCGCCGGUCAAUGCGAGAUACGCGAUGGGAGAACGCGAGAUUCAUGCUGUUCGCGGAAGUUUUUGUUGCGGAAGGCUCGCGGCGCCCGGUAUUUCCUCGCGCGCUCCGCUUGUUUGGCGCCCUGGAUUCGGCACGAACUUGUAUAUUCCCCCCGGCAGGGGCCCCUGGAUGUCCAUCGGGGAUCCGCCGACCCCGUGGUACCGUGGAUAAAUCGUAUAUAACUAUGUGUACGUAGCACUGUCGCCGCGACGCGAUUCCGUGAUGCACACGGAAUCUCGGACCGGGUUCUCAUCGCGCGUUUAACGCUAAACACAGCAUACUCCCGCGUUAUUCGAUUCGUUCGAUCUUCUAUCGCCGAUCAAACGAAAGUAACGUGAAGGAAGAAGGGAAAAGUCAGGCCGCAUGUAGCGCUAAACGCGAAGUCACAUGCGCCGCUAACUACGCUAAAUGGCACUACACGUGUGAUGCUGAACGCGCGACGCUAAACGAGCUGGAUGAAGGUGAGAAUUCGGACCGUCCUGACGUGCCGCAGACCGGCGUAACAGCCUUAACCAUCAAGUGAUGUCACUUUAGAGUUUCACAGAAAAAAUACGCGACAGGUGUGAGUUUCCGUGUUAAGUAGGAUAUCAUGUCGGUUUGCGUGCGUACGUCGGCGAAAUGCACGAAUCACGUUCAGGCCAGCGCCCGGUAUAAAUCGAACCAACGACGACGACGACGACGAUCCCUCGCUCGAUCGUCCCCCUCUUUUGUUCCCGCUCCGUAGCACCUUCGUCGCUCACCCCUCCGUUCGAUACUUUACACCCCGUGUACCGAGUGUACGCCUCGCGCGGCGAAACCACUUGUAGGCAAAUCGUUCGUAGCUCCCACGAGCCCGCGCUCUCGGUGCUGGUGGCGCGGGGGCCCUUUCAAGGAGAUUACUCCUCGCGAAUCGCUUACUUCUAACGCGAUGUCUGUUUAACCCGUGCUCCGAUACAAAGUAGAAACGUUGUUGUAAGUAGGGCGACGGCUGCAUCGGGCUGCGCGUGACGCCGGAAAAGGCGAGAGAAUGACAGUGAGAGAGAAAGGGAGAAUGCGAGGGAACGAGAGAAUGAGAAAAUGAGAAAGAGAGAAUGCGACAGUAGUUUCGACGGAUCGGAUCGCGAUCCAGCUUGUACGCUGUACAUCGGCCAUGUCCAUUUAUUUAUGUAUGUGGCAAUAAAGUCGUUAUUGUUACUAUUAUUAUUAA